AUGAGUUUCACAGUUUCCAAAUGUUUCUGCAACGUUGUUCGGACCUUGUCCCGCUCCAAUUACACGAGCGCCAUUAGCUUGAAAAAUCUACACCCAAAGAGUUCGUUGAAAAUUACAACUCCGUCACCUGAACAGUUGGCCGACAAUACAAUUUUCACGGGAUAUAUACCAGUGGAAGAGCUGGAAAUCACAUACAGCACUUCUAGUGGUCCAGGUGGUCAGAACGUCAACAAGGUCAAUACCAAAGUUGACCUGAGAUUCAAAGUGGAAUCGGCUCAAUGGCUCAAUGAAGAAAUCCGGCAGAAACUAAUUCAUAUUAAUCAAAAUAAACUGACUAAAGAGGGAUAUUUAGUAAUUCGGUCUGAAAAGACGCGGUCGCAACAACUGAAUCUUGCAGAUGCUAUUGAGCGUUUGCGUUCUCUUGUCUGGAAAGCUGCUGAACCUGAGCCAAAGCAAUCUGAGGAAUCCAUCGAAAAAAUAAGACGCAGGAUGGAAAAAGCAAAUCGCACAAGAUUAAUAGAAAAGAAAAUGAAGUCCUUGACCAAGAGCAAUCGUCAAGCACCAACAGUGUUCUAA